UUCACACAAUUUUGACAUUUACGUAACAUGGGAAAAGCCUGUUUCUAUGACAACAGUAUUUAUUAAAUCGUUACGCGUGACCUUUUUUAUUUCUUUCGUAUAUUUUAUAUCGUUUUGAAAGUUUUUUGGAAACUAAAGCCAUGCUCAAGCUUCAGAUAACCAACGCCCAGGAUCGGAAGGAGGCACAGAAUAGAGAGAGGAGAAGACAAUGCGAGUUAGAGAGAAGAUCCAGAAUUUUCAACGCCAGGAACAGAAAGAUUGGUAUCGAUGUGGAGUUUAUUGAUCGUCAAAUAGCAGAAAAGCGCGCAGAGCGUGAGGAUCAGAAUAAAAAGAACUUGGCUUUUGCCAAGCAGAUGAUCAAAGACAGCAAUCUCGCUGCUGUACUUGAGGCGAGAGAGAUGGAAGAGCGGCGACGCAUUGGUGUUGAAAUAGACGAAUUCCGUUCGAAAUACCAACGUAAAGAGGAUAGCAGAGAGUAUGACCUGAACAACCCUGACUACUUGAAAAUGCAACUUCCACCGAGAGCAUCUGAUGGUGAUCCGGUCGGCUUAUCCAGUGCACAAAAAUUCGAAGGCGAGGAUCUAGCGUACGAAGAGCGCAAGAAGAUUAUGGCGGCCCAGAAGAACGCGUGGCUGGAGCAACAGGUGCAAGAACGCAAGGCGGCUCAAGAGGAACGCAAGCAGGCUGAGGCUGCUUACAUGAUGGCCAUAAGAGCAAGAGAUGAACGCGCGGGAGAACUUGACAAGUUGGAGAGAGACUGUAGAUAUCGUCUGGGACAGGCCAACUUACGCUACAACGAGGCUCUGGCUACCGAAAAGAAGCAGUUGGAGCAGAUAUUAAAAGAACAAGAGGAGGCCGACAACACUGCUGAGAUGUACAACAAUCUCACAUCAGAUAUGCUCACGGAGAAUCCUGAUGUAGCCAAGAGCUCACUUGGAAAGAACAGAGCAGUUGGGUUUAUGUACAAGGGAAUGAACCAAGAGGAAUUGAAGAAGUUCUACGCCGCGCAGAAAGAACAAAUGGCUGCUAACAAGGUAAAACGUGAGAACGAAGAAAAAAUGGAAGUAGAAUGGCAGGCGCUUGCUAAAUCCAUUCAAAACGAAGUCGCCAAACUUGAUAUUCAAGACCAACGAAAAAGGAGAGAAAUCGCACGUCAACUAAUGGAAGAAAACCAACUCAUGGCGUUACAGCAGAAAGAGAAGGAGAAAUAUUACAGGGACGUUGUCAACAAUAACGUUCCAACAGACGCUUAUUAUUCCCAAUUCAACACUACUACUAGAUAAAUAGAAUUAACUUAUUUUUUUUUUUGGAUACUUGUACUACUAGAUAAAUAGGAUUACACUUUACAGAAUUUUUUUUUGGUAGGUAACUUGAAAUGAAACAAAGAAGUAUCGGCCCAAAUCUGAAGUAAUUGCUUGAUCAAUAAUUUAGUAUGUACCAGGGGCGAAGGAUGGAAUAUUCGCAAAUUGGCCAAAAAAAAGAAAGUUCAUACCGCGUGGUAUGGUUUCUCAUUUAAUUUAAUUAAAAUAUUGAAUAUUUAUGGAUUUUUAAACGGUAACCUGGCGGGAAUCGGUUUGUUUGAACUCUUCGCCGCUGGUAUGUAGUAAGCCGUUUGAAUGAUGACCCAACAACUACUUUUUCAUUUUUCUAGUAGCAAUUUUCACGUUUAUGAAUCAUACAUAUCAAACUAUUCGAAAAUUAAUAAAAUAUAACUAUUUGUAGUCACAAAACGUAUUUAUCAAUGAUUUAGAUUUUAUACGGUAAUAUCAUCUAGGAUCAUUGUAUCGCGAUACAUUGAACGGUAUGCAUAAAGAUGAGUGCUUAUAUUAAAAUAAUAAAAUUUUGAACCAAUUUGCAUUUUCAUUUAAUGAUUUUUUUUAUUUUAGCCUACGUAAAAAUACUUAUCACAAUGCAUGCUGUAGUAUAUCUAUACCUACUAAUCAAACAGGCAAGGUUAUAUUAUAAAGCUGAAGAGUUUGUUUGUUUGUUUGAUUGAUUGAACGCGCUAAUCUUAGGACCUACUGGUCCGAUUUGAAAAAUUCUUUCAG